AUGGAUUCAGAAGAUGAUGUUAGGUUGACGUCGUUUCGUCCGCUCAGUCCAGAUACUUCGCAAUCGAGUUUUUCUUUGGCACGAUUAUUUCAAAGAAAAAGACCCGAGGCUCGAGUGGAGGUCAAAAUUGAUAGCACGAAAAAACACCGUCCUGUGAGCCCAUUAGUUAGUCCUAGAAGCUCACCUCAGCUGCAGAAACGAGUGUCGACGACAAAAAAUCCUGAACUGCCCCGUUCCUGGUCAGCCUCACCUCUCAUUGGUAGACGGAGGACGAGCGCGCCGGGGAGUGUAGGGAUCGGCAGUAGGCGUAACUCUCCAGGUUAUCGCAACGUGCAUGCCGUCUUGGGCCGCCUGAACGCCGCUGCGGAUGGUCGAGGGCAGGUUAGUUUGGGGUUCAAAAUUCCCAACGGACAUUCUACUUAUUGAUCUCAAUUAAGCGGGCGAGAUGGGGCAAAUUCUGUGCUCUGACUGGUUUCAUGAGCAGGAAUAAUGGCCCCAGUAAGAUUUUCUUAUAACCCCAUACAUUUAUUAUGCAUACCUGUGUCAACUGUAUUCGUGUUAAACUAUUCGGGAGAAAGGCCCAGUUCAAACAUCAAUCUUUUCAUGUACCAAAAUUAAUCCCUUGAAUUAAGUAUACAUGAAGAGAUCGACGUUUGAAUCAGUUAAGUCCAACAUGUCUAAUUUGGGUUGACCCAUGAAUUAAGAUGGAGUGGCCUAUCUGGGAAUUUUGACAGUGGAGUGACUUUGUUUCAAACAUUGAUCUUCUCAUGUGCUGAACCUAAUGCAUAAAUAAUUUUCACUUAGACCAUUGAGCUUCGUGAAAAUGAAUUGCGUCUGACUAAUUAGGUUUGACAUCGAAAUGAACCCUCCACCUUGUAGUAUUUAGGUUAACCUAACUGGCAUUAAAUUUGUUAAAUGAAAAGAUUUACGUUUCAAGUGGGCCAAAAAGUAUGAAAUUGCUGCAUGCAUUAUAAACGUAUGAGGUUGUACGGAAAUCUUACAAUGCACCCAUCUGGCCUGCUCAGAAUUAAUAUCCCUGUUCUGCAAGAGAAAAUUUUCUUUGGGCUUUUUCUGGCUACCUUUACAUCAUUGACUUGCUGUGUAUCUGUAAACUGUUUUAAUUUUUGUAUCUGUUUGUUUAAAUUUCAGAUUUUAGGUAACAUAAAAUUUGUUCAUGGAUACUUUUACCACACUGUCAUUCAUUUUAUGACCCUUAAAUGAGCAAAAUAUAAAUAAAAUAUCAUGUCUAGGUGCAUCUUUGUAUUAAACAUAGUGUACUGAACCCAUAAUUUUGUGAAGAGUUUCUCCUCAGAUUCAAACAGAAUUUUUUGUUUUGCUAAAUAUUUCCUUUCCUUUUCCCUCAGAUGAUCAAACUAUUUUUCAAUAUUUCGGUUUUUUUUUUAGCUCUAGGAAAGGGAAAAUAUCGGGCUGACCACACGCCUUUAUUAUUAUUUUAUAACCUUUAAUUUUGCGCAAAGUGAAAUUGCCCUGUAUUGCUCAUAUAUGUUAAAGCUCUUUUAAAAUAAUCUCUUCCCAAUAAAUCACUGAAAACACAAUUUUCUUUAUAGAUUUCAAUGGUUCUUGCAAAGAUUUACAUCUCCUUUAUUUUCAAUACCCACGCGAGAGUAAUAAAUAAUUGGCCAUUAUUUGAAAACAUAAUUUAAACACCCAUAGUUGUUGAUUUGAUUUUUUUUCAGCUACGACAAGAAUACAAAAAGAGUGAUUUUAAGCAGUAUUGGAUGCCAGAUGAGAACUGCAAGGAAUGUUAUGAAUGUGGGGAAAAGUUCAACACCUUCCGCCGCAGGCACCAUUGCCGCCUCUGUGGUCAAAUAUUUUGCUACAGGUGCUGUUACUUGGAAAUUCCUGGCAAGAUCAUGGGAUAUUCAGGUAAAGAAAAAUUAACAAAAAAAAUUUAAAAUAAAUGACAAGCAUUAUUUUUUGUCAGAGACAAAAUUAAUGUAAUUUUGCAGUGGAAACCAGUUGAUACAGACAAGCCUAAGAACCUCAGCAGGUACAAGGCAAACCAGUUGGGUGUUUUAUACACUUUAAGCAUGGCCAUGAAGGAUUUGAACUUGGAACUACACUGUAUGGGGAAAAAAUCCAGUUACGGUCAGGGGUUGGACUUGAACUCUAAGCUUUCGGGUUACAACUCCAGCACUUUAACCUCUCAGCCACUCUGCCUUCCUUAAAUCUGACAUUCUCUUUCCAAUUUUUAGUUAUCAUCUCUCAAGGGUCUGUUCUAUACAUGGCUACAGUAAUGAUAAUAUUCUGAUUGGCAGGGUUUUUGCGAGUGUGCACUUACUGUCACAAGGUAGUCCAGCGGUACACACAGUCAGCUGACUUGAUGGUUAGAAACUUGGAACAACUACAGGCUGAUCUGAGUGCAUUUACCUCAGAUACUGAUAUCACUACCAACAACAGUGGCAACAUGAACCUGGCAAAUCCUAGGAGCUAUCCAUUUGAUUUUGAUGAUGAGGAGAAUUUCUAUGUUCAGCCUUCACACAGGAAACUAAGCAAUAGUGCAAGCAUGACUGCACUGAGUUCUUAUGGUGAGAAGGAACGGCCUUUACCAAUGCCAGGGCGGAGACCAUUUGAUGCAUUUGGAGUAUGUGCAGCUGAAGCAGACAUGUUGAAACAAGUCAGUGAUGGUUGAUUUGUCAUAAUUAUUGUUUUAAACAGACAAGCUGAUGAUGAAAUUGAAUAAUAUUAUUAUAAGUAACAAUUGGAACUAUUCGACAUUUUGUGCAUGUUGCUCUGAAAAUCUGAAUUACAAUAAAAUUUGUGGUGACUAUGAUAGUGGCCGGGUUGUCAGAAAGUUUUGAACUAGAUGGCUGAGUUGUCAAAGUAACCAGCCAGUCCAGGGAUAUUUUAUUUAAACAAUGCCAUCUGUAAAGAAAUGCCAAGUAGAGUAGCCGGCCGAAACUAACCAAGUAGGUGGUGAUUUUUGCCGGCAGCUGGUUACUUUUGACAACCCUGAAUGGUAGUAAUGAUGAUGAUACUGCAUACUUCUCUUUUCUGCACAGAAAUCUAGAGGUGCUCUUUAGUUAUGUUUCCUGUUGUUGUUUUGUUUUUUUGUGAUAAAAUUUUGUUACUCUUUACAAAUAAGGACUCUUUUCGUGAAUUGUGGAAUCAAAUGAUCUCACCCAAGUCUGGAUUGGAACUGCAGAGCCACCGUUUUCGCUUGAGAACUUAUCAGAAUUGUCUUGUUGGCAGCGAGCUGGUUGAUUGGCUGCUUACAUAUGAAAAAACAUCUACAAGGUAAUCUCACAAUAAGUUUUCUCUCAGAUUGUAACAGAACUGCUUAUGAUGUACAAGCUUUCGGUACCACUAUUGGACCUUUCUCAAAAUGUUGUGAUAUGAUCUCAGAUAAUUUACUCUUACUACUGAUGGUGGAAAGUCCAUAAAUUCAUUAGUGAUGGCAUUUAGAGAGCUUAAGCAAUGACUAUGGCGAUCAAUGUUAAUGAGAAUGGCAAAAAAGCUAUAGGUUUAGAGAGACAAAACAACAAAUUUGCAUGUGCAUCAUGUGUUUUUGUACAUUUCUUUGCUGUCACUGCACGACUACAACGUGAAAAUGCCCAAUUUCACAUUUUGUUGAGGACAUGAACACAAGGCAAUGACUUUGUUUUCUUUUCCUGAACUUCAAUACAGUGUUUUAGAAUUCAACUCCAGAAAAAAUUGCCAACAUUACUUUGAAUGAAUUAAAUGAGAUGGAAUGAGCGCAAUAAAGUUUGAAGCAGUGGGACUUUUUUGUUCGAGUGACGUUCUUAUAGCCAUUGCUGUCGUUGUUGCUUAAAGCUCCCUAUAAUGACCCACCCGGUAUUGAACCUCUGCACAAAAGCUGCCGUUAAGUUAAUACCUUGGCCCCUCUGUGUAGUUUCUUUAUAUAUGGCUGUCACACCACCUAUUAUAGUCUUAAUAAUUGAUCUUGACUGUCUCCUGCAUGUUAGAUAGAUCUGAGUUGGCAAGUACAACACCAUGUUUCUAACCUUUGUAAUCUGUUCCUUUUUUACCAUCACCCAACAGGAAUCAGGCAGUGACAAUAGGACAAGGUUUACUUGAUUCUGGUUGGUUAGAGCCUGUGCCGAACACUCGUGAAGGCAGAGCUGUCUUCAAAGAUGAAUACAUUCUCUACCAACCAGGAUUGGUGAGGAACAGCUUCCAUUUUAGAUACAGUUUAACCUUCCAUAAGUGGGUGAUCAGCCAAAAUCUCAAGAUUCAGUGGUUGCUCACUGGAAGUGGUCACUUAUGAGAGUCAAACCAGAUGAGGGCUCCUCUGGGAACAAGUCUGUCACAUCUACUUGAUAGACUAAGGGAAUUAAUUACACUUAAUUUCUUCAUUAUGAAACAGACAGCGACAUGUCACUCAAAGUCUUUCUUGCAAUCUGAUUUACCAAGAAUAACAGUACAGUGAACAUAGAGAUCAGACAAUAAUAAUAUUGCAUCAAGUGGUCGCUUACAUGAGGAAAAAUGGCUACCCUGUUUGAAAUACCUUACCUUGUUCUUAGAAAAAUGUGUCAAAAAGUUUCAUAAUAGAUAGUAGAGAUAGGGAUUAGCCUACUAGGUUCUAAAGUCAAUUUGUCGUGGUUCAAUUAUUUUGUUCUUAGUUUAAAUUUUAUUUUCUUUUGUUUACGGGUGUAGUAGUGUAUGAAAAUGAGUUUAUAAUAAACGACAUAAAAUUCCAAGAAUAAAAAAAAUGAACCACAACAUUUACAUUGUAUAUUUCAUAACAGACUGCUCGUGAAGUGGCAACACCUAAAAGGUCUUUCUGGGGAGAUACAGACAAAUCAUCUGAUAAAAGUGGUUCCUGGAAUGAAAGUUAUGAGAAAAAUGAUCAUGUUGAUGAUGACAAUGAUGAAACAGUUCCUCACUGGUUCCGUCAGCUGGAUCAUCAUGAAAUUGAACCUAUAACUGACGACUUGGAGGCCAGCAAUACCCAAGAGGUAAGAACACCGAUAUGGCAAUAUGGGUGUGAAGUAGUACAAUAAAAUAAUACAAUGAACUCUUAUCUUUAUUACCUAACUUGCUUAAAGCAUUUUAGCUGGUCAUGUUCACAUUCUUGUGAAGCCCGGAUCAUGCUUUUUAAAUCAUUUGUAGUUGAUUUUGUGCUGAUAUUGUUUUAUUUUAUAUAUAGCAAUGUUGAUAAUAAUGUCAUUCAUGAAUUAGGGCUAGGGGACAAAGGGAAUUAAGAAUUAAAAUCAAAUUAAUUUUAACUUGAAUAUAAUUUUGACCUGUAACACAUGCACUGUAUAUUAUUUUAUUUUAUAUACAGCAUGUAUAUGUUACAGGUCAGUUUUAAUUUCAGGUUAAAUUUUUUUAACCUUGGUUGAUUCUGAAUUUCCUUUGUCUCCCAACCCUAACUCAUGAAUAAUUAGCGUUAGUGGGGCUCGCACAGUCUUGAAAAGUCCUUGAAUUUUAGCGCAAGUCCUUGGAAAGCCCUUGAAUUUUCUUCAAAGCUGGAAAGAAUUGUCUGAUGCUUUUUUGUUGUCCAAUAAUAAUAAUAAUAAUAAUGGAAUUAAUAUAGCGCUUAUACAUCGCUGUUCAAGACAGAAUGUAAAUCACAGCUCAGAGAAUUUAAAGGUUAUUUACUUAAAGUGCUUUGUUUUAUGCAAUAAUUAACUAUCAAUUUCAGACUGGUGAACUGAAAAAUGUGGAGAGGUUGGAGAAGCAAAAAGUUCAAGCCUUAAAGUCUUAUUAGAAUAGACUGAGAAUGUGCAUUUUUGUACAGUCUGUGAAGUAAAUUAUUAUAUUCCUAGUAGGUGGUCCUUGAAAAUCUAAUGUGGUCCUUGAAAAGUCCUUAAAAAAUGGCUGCAAUUUUUUGUAUGAACCCUGGUUAGGAGGUUAAAAAAUUUUAACUUGAAUUUAAUUUUGACCUGCAACAUAUACAUGUGACAAUAUCACAUGCUUACCUGAAUUAUGCAAGUCAUGUGCAAUUUAUUAAAUGUGUAUUUUUUCAUAUAUAACAUGUAUAGCAAUGACUACUUUAUGCCAAAUUUGAACAUUCAGAAUCUUAAAAAAUUUGGAGAUAAUUUGCUUGAAAAACCUGAUUUAUUGUAAGCAUAGUGAUUUUGGUUUUACUAGAGCCUUAGUUUCAUAUUUGUUCAUCUCUAAGGAAAGUACAAGUCAUGUACUGGUAUGUGUUAGUUAAAUGUGUUGCUUUUUGAGCAAUGUUUAAUCCUCAUUCUUCCCUUGUCAUUUAUUUUUACCUUUCAGGUCUCUGGAAAUAUGAGUAACCAUAAAACAACAGGUAAUUUAUCCUAUCACCCCCCCAAAAAUACAAGAUAAUUCUGUUGCAGUUGUUGAAUUUGUUGCCAAGAAAGGCUGAAUUGUGUGCAUUGAACUGAUGGCACAACAAAAUGACUUAAAACACCCAGAAGAGAGAGCUUCAUUAAACUGAAAUGCAUGUGCAACACGUUGUAUUUUGUUCUCUGUACCCCAUGGAGGGUUUUGAUGUAACCCCCCUUCCCCCACCUUCACCCUGGAAACAAUUCCAGUUUAGUUUCAUAAUUUCUUUUAAAAAUUUAGGCCUUUAAGAACCCCUCCCCUUGGAAAUUGUUUUAAAUGACUCUACAGGGGGUGGGUAUGGAUGGUUGUGUGUCAGCUAGCCUUGUCAACUAUUGGCCACUUUUAUUGUUUCUGUUCCUCUUCAAGCACCAAAGCUUCUGGACCUAGAUUUGAUGAAUGGUGUGGCAACUGAGGAAGGUGACAGUGAAUUGUUAUUAAAGGUGGAUUUACAGCAUUUUGGAGAGGUCAGAAAUUACUUUGUUUGUAAAACGUAGUAGAGACAAGCCUAAAAACAUGAGAAAUGACAAUCGUAUACUGUGGCAACAGUAACAGUGUUGCACGUCCAUCUAAGUUUUGGUUGUCACACAACUGUCAUAUGUCUGUGUGGCUGCCUGUACCACAGGGAAACCAUGAGAUGACACAGCCUAAUAAGAUGACGCUGUUGUCAUUGAAAAUUGACAGCUGUGAUGAAGCAUAUGCUGACCAGUUUCUCAUGACUGUAUUUCUGGCUCAGGGGUAUCACCCCUGUUCUGUUUUUUUUUUUUUUCAGUUGAUUGGAGGCUCAAGUUUUAAUUUUUUAUGAGGUCGAUAAUUUGCUUGGCAUUUUCUUGUCGAUGCUGUGGAAGUUAAUAUUGUUUCAAGUUGAAUAGUAACAGUGGUACAUUUGAUAUUAUUUUUUCUGUUAUACCCCAGCCUGGAAAACCUGGAGUAUCAGCAGCAGAUGCAAAUGGUGAAGCAGCAAGCUCUACAUUGUCACUGAUAACAGAUGUACCCCCACCCCCACUGGAACAGUAUGUGUACAAUGAAGGAUACCCACACACCCCCCUGAGGCCAAGCACUAAGAAGACUAAUGAAGGGGGGCCAUCAGUGGCAAUCAUUAGUACUAGCAAUACCCCUGAUGAGAUCUUCAGUGGAGCUAUGAUGGCCCGAAAGAUAGGCGUUGAUAGGUCAUCUUCUGGUCCUGAUUUGGAGGAACUUAGGGAAGAUAAUGGGGAGAAACUGGCCAUGGAACGACUGUGGUGAGUGAAUUACUUCCCACAACGUCAGUUUUAUUUUCUUGGACAAUCCACCAAAGUAAAGUCAUUCAAUUUUGAUACUUUCGAAUACAUACAACUUGUAUUAACUGAGCAUGCAGUUGAGCAGUAUUUGCACCCCAUGUGUGCUAACUCUCACACCUGCAGAUCAAAGACUUUGAUCUCUCACCAGCUCACCCAUGCAGACCAAUUUCUUAUUCCUAGCAUAAAAAUUUGUUUUUACAACCUUAACUGACUAAUUUUUGAAAAAAUUAUUUACCUUUAGCCAUUGUAAGAAAAGAAAAGUCCAUUGAGAGAUCAUACUUUCCUAGAAAUCUCCUAUUUUAGGAGGAAAAGUAAUGGAACUGAGUACCGUGGAACUCUUCAGAACUCUUUGGACAAAAUAUUUAUAGAUGUGAUGGAGAGCUCUCCUAGCUAGUAUUCUCAGGAAUAAAAAUAUCACAUCUUUGACUCAAAAAAGUUUUUAGGUAUAGUUUCUUCAAGAUCGGCCAUAAAAACAGCCCUCAAUAGACAGGACUCCUGGCUUUUGAGCUGCUUAGAAUUUUCUUUGAGAGUUUUUCAUGACUUUAGGGUUUUUAUGACUUGAGAAUAUUUUGUCAUAUACUUGAUUAUCUGAGGAGAAUGUGUCAUAGAUUUUUGUGGGUCUUUGUUUUCAGGGCUGCACACUCUUACCACCUUAACACUCUGUUGGAGCAGUUGCUAAAGGAUGCUGCCCUGUCUGUUGAUUGGAAAGAUACUAUUUUGCCACUUGUGAAGAGAAUUAGUGCGCAGGUACUUUGUUACAUUUUAUACUUAAGAAAGUGUAGUAAACGCGAUUAAUUUAACUCUGAAAAUUUAAAAAGUUCAUCUUCCUAGUCCUUGUCAAUUUGAUUUUUUAGACUGAGGUGUCUUGAUCCUGUAUUCCUCAGUCUUUUUUUUUCAAUCACUUUAAAUAUCUCUUUUUUAGUGAUUUAUUACUCUGCUCUAAAUUGCUGAGAGUUUUUUGGUGAAUGGUGAAUCUAUAAAAAGUAGCAUCACAAUCUGGCAUGCUAUGGACCCGGUGUUAUAGUGAUAGUUGGACAUUCUGCUGUUAUGGGCUCCUGGGUUUGAUUGUAACUGGUACAUUUUUAUUGGCUGUGCUCACAACCUGUGAAGACUAAAUUUUUAUGAUGAGACUGUAAACUGAAAAUCGAUGUUUUUGUUUUGUUAUUGUGGCAUUCAUUCACCAGGGUUUGUUCAGGUCACGGAAAACCUGGGAAAUUCAUGGAAUUUAAGAAUUUCACUUCCAUGCCUGGAAAGUCAUGGAAUUUAAUUAUCAGGCCUUGAAAGUAAUGGAAGAUUAAAGUUUUGUAUGAUAAAUUACUUGCUGCAGAUGACAAGGCAAGGACAAUGUAAGAUACAGAGGAGUAAACGGCAUGCAUUUUGAGUUUGUGUCUGUUGAAUUGUUUAAGGUCGAAAAAUACCCUAAAUCAAGGAGAGUUUUUAAAAUUUUUGAAGCUGACAGCAAAGCCGAAGGUCUUGGAAAACUUGAAAAGGUCAUGGAAAAAGUCAUGGAAUUUGGAGAACUCAAAGGAUUGAGUACAAACCGUGUUCAUUCAUUUAUUUGUUUAGGUUACCCCUGAUGUUCAUAAAGAUGAUGACAUGGACAUUCGUGAGUAUGUGAAGUUCAAAAAAAUUCCAGGUGGAAGCAAGAGUGACUGUGAAAUGAUCAGUGGUGUGGUGUUCACUAAGAACAUUGCCAACAAGAAGAUGUCAAGUGUUUUGCAUCACCCAAGGAUACUGGUGCUGAGCUGCGCUAUUGACUAUCAGGUAAUAUCAGUUUGUAAACCCUUAAACCCCAACAACUGAUCAGCAUCUGAUUUCUCUUUAAGUCCCGAUAGUGACCAACAUCAAUUUUCUCCUAACAAUAUCCAUAUGUUGCCAGAGAAUUGAUUGUGAGAGUUUAUAAAAUGAUCACCAAAGAAAAAAUGCUUUGUUCUGUUAUCAAACUCUCUCAACUAUUUUUUUUUUAGGAAAUGUAUGAAGGUCAGUAUGGAGAAUUUAUAUGUGGAUAUUGGGGCUUAAAGACAAUAGUUUUAGAGGGUUUAAGUAAGAUCCUUUCAAGAGCUUGAACAAUUCCAUUAGAAUAAUUGAGCUGGACUUAGCAAUACAUCACAUUUCACAAGUCAGAUUCAUCUAGCUUUCAUGUCCUUACUAAUACUUUUUGAAAGAAUGCAAAAACAGCACUAAAUUUCGUAAAAUUUCUACCUGUUAGAACUUUUAGUGGGAUCAUAUUUACAGCUGCAGUUUGUAGACAACACUCAUCUGCAAGUUUAAUAAUAAUUAUUAUACAAAUUUUUCUUCACAGCGAAAUGAAAACCGUCUUGCAUGUCUUGAUGCACUUAUUCGCCAAGAAUAUGAGUUCCUUAAAAACUUUGUUGCCAGAGUAGUUUCUUUAAAACCCAACAUAUUAUUGGUGGAAAAGACUGUUUCUCGUCUGGCUCAGGACAUGCUGUUGAAACAUGGCGUCACACUUGUCCUCAAUGUUAAAAGAGUAAGUAAUGCCUUUUCAUCACUAUGAAAUUUUCAUGAGAGUUCUUAGAGAACUUUAUUGGAAUUUUUUUCCAGUGUAUUGCUGAACUUAGCUCGAAUCAAUGGAUGCUGCACAAACAUUUGACAGGCUUUUCCUGGAAGAAUUCUUCCAAUAUUAAUAAUACAGUUAACAUCCACUCUUUGAACAAGUGCUUAUUUUGCAGAGAGUGAUUGAGCGUAUUGCUAGAUGUACCCGUGCAGAUGUCCUGUACUCCAUGGAGCAGCUGAGUCGACCUCAACUUGGGACAUGCCAGUCAUUCAAGGUUCAAAGCUACACACUGAAGGUACCACUCUAAUGUUCUUUACUAAAAACAAAACAUGAGUAUGAAUUAAAGUGGCUCAAAAUGGUUUUCAGGAUUUAUUGUGGAUACUUUUGCUCUUUCAUAAUGGUAUGAAACAAAUGCCCAAAUAUUAGUACAUAUGUUAUUGAAUUUUUUUGGCAUUACAAGUUACCAUUGAUAGAACCAUAACCUGUCAAGGCACCUGUAACUUCAUGCGGUUCUAAAGCAAAAGCAAGUCGAUAACCCCCACUUUUAUUUUGGAACUGAAAUCGCAUGCCAUUUUUACUUUUCUAUAAAGUGCAAAAAUAUCAUUCCAAAGGGCAGAGAAUCAUUUAACUUUUUUUAGAAUUUAGGUUUGAAAACUCCUUUACUCAGUGCUGCUGCUUGUAGCUUUAUCAAAUGGUUCCUAGUUUUCUUGGGACUUCAUGCUAGAUAUUUCAACAUGUCAACAGUGGUUUUGUUACCUCUGCAUCCUGUGUCCCUGACGCAUAAAAAUCCCCAAAGACACAAAAUAAUUCAUUGCAUUUGCCAUGUAGGACGCAAAGAUCAAUAGAUUGGUCUGAAGAUGUUUUUGUUGAAUAUCCUGUUUGUGUCAUUUCUGUAGCCGUCCUUGGGGCUGUUGUUUAACAACACAUAUUUCUUUUUGUCUUUGUUGUGCUUUACUAUAAAAGAAGUAUACUUUUAUUUCAGUAAACUUUAAUACAGAGUUUUGGAGUCUGUCUUCAGAUUAACUGUCUAGUUGCAUAAAGGACCAAGCAUUUUCAGUUUAGGAUUCAUUAGGGCCAUUUAUACGAGGAAAAAUAAGACGCGUCUUCUGUAAGACGCGAACUGUACCAUUUAUACGAGUAUGUCUUAUCUAAUAAGACGCGUCUUAGCUAAGCCGCGUCUUAUUUUAGACGAAUUCUGCCAUUUAUACAGAAAGUUCGCGUCUUAUGUAAGACGCGUCUUAUUUUUCCUCGUAUAAAUGGCCCUAUUGUGUUUUUGAAUUGCGACUCAGUGGGUCUGGACUGAGACUCAUGAUUUUUCACAAGUUAAGUCUCAGGACUCACCAUAACUUUUUGUAACAAAAUCACUGUGUCAAUGUUUUAUUUGUGUGUAGAAUGGAGAGUCGAAGACCCUGAUGUUUCUUGAUGGUUGUCCAGCAGAUCUCUCUUGCACUGUGAAUCUGAGAGGUGGAAAUAGUUUUGUGUUGUCUAAAGUGAAACGGAUCUUCCAACAUAUGGUUUAUGUUGCCUACAGUUUAAGACUUGAGCUUCAUUUCCUCAUGGAUGAGUUUGGUUUACCCCCAGAUGCAAAGACACUUAUUGAGGAAAGAGAAAUAGCAGCUCGCAAUUUUGCAAAGAGAAUUAAAUUUAAUGACUGGGACUCAAAUGGGACAGAAGGAACUGCUGGAGAGAAGAACAAAACGGACAUUUUACAACAAGAUUCUAGUGAAGGAUCAGAAGUGUUUCUUUCAGCAUUAAAAAGCACUGUUUUAUCAAGUUCUCCAUUUCUUGACUAUCCUCUUCCAUAUUUGCUCACCGAAGCAGGUAGAAACUUUGCUUUAAGAUCCACACUGCCCCCAGAUAUUUACUGGUCAGCUCGUAUGGAUGUGGAACACAACUCAAGUCACUUAACAGAGGAGGAUUUAGAAAAGUUUGAAUUCUCAAAUCCUAAUCAGCGACGCCUAAGCAAACUUGUUUGUAUGGUAGAGCCUCAUCCAAUAAUUUCAGCUUCAUUGACAAUGGAUCGAGGGGAUCCUUUAUUCCAAGCUCUACUUGCAGAUUUUCGAGCUCAAGGAGGACAGAUUCAACUAGAGAGAAACGGUGAGACAGUAUCACGGGCUCGGUGUAGAUGGCUUGAUGGUGUAGUUAAGAAAGCAGAAAACCGGACCAAGAGAGACAGGAGGGAUGCUCAAGAAAAUUAUCAUGCUGAGAGAGAUGUUGCAAAAAUGACAAACAAAGCAGUGGAAGAAAAACAGAAUCAGUCUGCAACAACCAGCCCGCUCCACCUAAACAGGAAGGUGGGUGUGGCUGUUUACUUUACGGCUGCUGCAUACAUGUAUAACCCUUUGUUUAUGACCAAUAAUAUCGCGACUUUAUUGAUCAAUCAGGUCAACUAUCAGAGUUUAAGACCAUCAACUGAUGUGAUACAACUCACUUUGACUUUGAAGAUGACUGCCACACAGGUUGUCGAAAUGUCAGUCACUUCCAACAACAGUCCUCUUCAGGACUACGUGCACGUGGAUAUCAUGCUCCACCUGCUUACAUAAAUUAUAGCAGGUUCACUUCAACCAUGGUAACACCCUUAAACCUAAUUCAUGGAAUUUAAAACUCUGUAUGAGGACCUCUGCAAACAGAUUUUUUAAAAAAAUGAUACCAAGACACUGAACUUGAUCUAUUCCUACAUCUAUUGUUUUUUUUCCUUUUCUCAGCCAGCACUAAAAUUUCUUUGGUGGUAAAUCACACUCAUUGGCCUUAUUAAUUAUUCAUCAGUCCUUUGUUGAUGUCAAAUAAAAAAAUGUUGUUGAUCACCAUUGACCAUCAUCUCUGGAACAGAAGACACUUAUUCAGUGAAUGUUUGUAUGCUUGUUACCAGUACGUUUUGACGUAUGUACUUAGGAGUCAUGAUCUACAUUCUUAAUGCUGUGUUUCAUUGCAAAUGGAAAAGUCAAUUAUUGAUCCAAAUUUGUUUUGCAGCAAGUGGACUGCCUGGAUCCUUAUGUUCACCAAAGAAUUGCUGUUUUAUUCAUCAGUUACUCCAAUGAGUCAAACAAUUCACCACGCCCCUGUAUAAGUCCAUGGUGAGAAAUUUACAGACUGACUCUCUGUAUUCUGACUGUUUAUAUAGAUUUUAAAUUUACAUGAUACUGCCGUUGUUAUUGGGGGUGGAAUUAAUUUAUGCCUCAUUCAUACCAACUAAACAAGUUUACUUAUACCAACACCGCGGCAAAACGCAAUGCGCAUGAGCACAAAAUUUAAUGUCCGGUCAACUUUUUAUUUCCGGUCUAGUAUAUAAACCAAUAGCGUAAGCAUAACUUUGCCGUCGCGCCAAGUUUAAAAGCAAAAAGGGCGAAACAGACAAAAAAGGGGGCCAAAAAAAUCACUUCAUUCGAAAGCUUAUAUAUUUUUCUAUUCUCAAACUUUUGCACCACAUGGUUAUCUGUUUGCACCAACGGUGAAAAUGAUGUUUGAAGUUUGCAGGUCGCGAGCGCUCGACAAGACGAAUUUGUUUUUACUGGCUUUCUUGCAUGCUACUGGUUUGGCAAGUUAAUUUGGGAGAAGGCGACAACUAAGAAAAGAAUAACAAUACUUUUGAAAGAAACCAAAAUAAAGACGUCCUCAUUAUCAUAAAAAACACUAAAACCAGGAAAUAAAAUUUUAGUCCGUUCAAUAAUUUGUUUUAUUAUCAGAGAAAACAAGAACUCAAAACAAAAGAUGGGCGGAUUUAAUAACAACUUUGACUUUGAUGACUGCAGUCACCGGGAAACUAAACAUGCCUAUAAAUGACUUUCAUUCAAGAAAAUGCCUAUUUAAUUCUUUUUUACAUGGUUGUUCUUUUGUUGAAGACUUCAAGACCUUCAAUAAUUUCAGACUGUGCGGCUCGGCUGCAUCUCAUGCAAACACGAAACUUCUAGCUGCUAAAUACAUGGCAUGAAAAGUUCGACUUCUAAAAGCCACUGAACCAGCUUUCGCUCUCUGAUUCUGAGAAUGGAAAAAUAAAUAAAUAGAGUUGUCAACUUGCUGUCAACCGGCUCAACAGUAUAAUUAAGCUUAUGUUUCAUGGCAAUCAACCCAGAAGAGUUUCGUUUUAAAACACGGUAAAACCCACUGGUAAACAAAACUACAAAGCGAUUGUGUGUUGUCGUUUUCCAAAUAAAGUUUGAAUCGGCUUUUAGACUGAGAAACUGAAGAACUAAAAAUUAGAACUACAAUACACAAGCUUGCAAUGAUAACGUUUUAAUUUUAUGUCUUAGUUUCAGCCAGGUUAAGGGAAAAUAACAGUCAAAAACUUUAUUUUCGUGAAUGAAAAUCAGUUUACCUGACGCUCUAGCCAAAAUUACACACUGAGUUAUUAUCAUCUUACCUUUUCUGAAUCUAAUCGACUGAUUGUUUCAGUGAUCUGUGCCUGGCUAUCCAUAAAAGCAAUUUCAAUGACUACAAAACAAAAACACGAGCAGCAUAAAGCAGAACAACUGAACCACAAGCUGCACACAGAAUGAAGCGCGCGGGAGACUUUGACUGGAAAGUGUGACUGAAAAAGAGACCGGAAAUGCUCAAUCUGGCGCAUGCGUAGACGUUUUGCCGCGGUGUUACUUAUACCAGUUUUAAAAAAUAAAAAAAUAGAGACUGAAAACUGGAACACAGGUUUUCACGCAGGAUUCAAAUGAAGUUCAACAUGUUUUGUAAUAAUUCUGCACUAAAUUUGCAAUCAACUUAAGUCCGUAAGCAGCUUUUAUGAAGGAAAUAACUUUAAGCCUUGUUUAACUAAACAGCCUUCAAACACGUUUAUGCUUUGGCGUGAAUGGGGCUUAAGUCAGUUUUAAAUAAUAUUGAUCUGCUCACAUGUGUUGCUAAGUUAUAUACAUGUGCCUUUUUGUCUUUUAUUUUUUCUCUCAAUUCACUUGUAGUUUAAUAAGUGAGUAGCUUUGCAGAUAAGACUUAAAGAAAUGCAUGGCAGCUAUUGUUAAGUUUUCAUCUGUUUUACAGUUCGAUUGAGUUUAUCUCCAACAAUUUAUGUGUAAACAGCAAACUAGCUAGUUACAUGUUAACAUCUAAACGUUUUCAUGAUACAAAGCCAUUUUAACUGUUGUUACUUUUUACAGGGCUGUCUUCAUGGAGUUUUAUGGACGAAAUGAUAUCACUCUAGGUGGCUUUCUGGAGAUAUACUGCUUUAGGUAAAAAUAAUUAUUGCUAUUUAUACUAAUAAAAUGUUUGAAUUUAACCACUAUUAUACACCUAAGUGCAGUUUAUUCCAUGGUAUACUGAUGGACCCAGAAACCUAUUUUUCAGGCCAUCGUAUAUCUGUCCAAAUCCAAACUGUGAUAUUCCCAUGGUAGACCAUGUGCGAUACUUUGCGCACGGCACUGGCUCUGUGUACAUUCACAUGAGGAAUCUGGAGUCUCCUAUCCCAGGAUUCCAACACACUAUACUCACCUGGAGUUGGUGCAAGGAAUGCAAACAGGUUUGUCAAGUUUAAUUUGCUUUAUUUGUUGUGGUCCUGUAGUGUAAAGUGUAACUUGCUCAACGUAAGCAGAACUGUCAUGCCAUUUAGUUUCAGGAGAGUGCUGUUCACCUUACCAAAAAAGCAGUUGUUUAGUUUCUCCAUCACUCGAUUAAAUUCCAUAAUGGAAUCAAAAGCUUGUGUAUAAUAAGUUUUCCUAUCCUGGGAAUUGAAUCUUUGUUCACUCUUAAUAGUUGCUUAGUUAUUUUUUCUAAUGAAAUUGAGUUUCACUCAGCAAUAGCAUGACUUUUGAAACCAGGUCAUGCUACUGCUUUAUACAUGUUGCGUGACAAGCUUUUAGUGGUACAUGGCACUGAAACAAACUUGGUUUUAAACAUUGUUUUACUUCAUUUACUGUCAUUUAGUUGAAUUUAUUAGUUCACCCACUUCAUCAUGGCAGUAAUGCCGUGUUAAAAAUGGGCCUAAGUCUUUAAGCUCUGACAUUAGCACUUACUCUUAUUCUGUCAAACUUCCUUGAUACAAGCCUCAAGGGGACAAGGGGAUUCAACCAUAGGCAAUUCAUAUUUUUUUAACCAUUUAUCCUAAAAAAUGACAUAAUUUUUUUUCACUUUUUUUUAGGUUACUCCCAUUGUUCCUCUCUCCCCAGAAGCAUGGGCAUUUUCCUUUGCUAAGUAUCUGGAGUUAAGGUUCUAUGCUGGCAGUUACAAGCGCAGAGCAAGUGUGGAGCCCUGUGGGCACUCACUACACAAAGAUCAUUACCAGUAUUUUGCUUAUGCCAAUAUGGUCGCUUCCUUCAAGUUAGUUGUGGUUUCUUGUUCUGCUUUUUUAGUUUUAUUUCCGCCUCUAUAGCUACCAACUCAUUAAUUUCCAAUCACCUUUUUCUGCCACUGUAGUGUGGUUUUAAAACACCAGUUUUGUGGUGUGGCAUCAUUUGCCUGGUUAUCAUUAAAAUGUUUGUGCCAGAGACGAAAAAGGAUGUGACAGGCUUCAGGGUGCUUCAGAGGUGUGUUACCAACAAGGUUGAUGAGAGGAGGAAAAUGAAUCUCCACAUGGGAUGCAACAGGGACAGAGUAGGGAACUGAUGCAGGAUCUUUACAGGAGGUGUUAUAAGAGACAGUGGGAAAGAAGAAAGUCAGUUGACAUAGGAGCAUAUCACUAGGGAUAUGUGUUUCCCAGGAGGGGGAACACAUAUCACUAGGGAUAUGUGUUUCCCAGGUGGGGGAACACAUAUCACUAGGGAUAUGUGUUUCCCAGGUGGGGGAACACAUAUCACUAGGGAUAUGUGUUUCCCAAGUGGGGGAACACAUAUCACUAGGGAUAUGUGUUUCCCAGGUGGGGGAACACAUAUCACUAGGGAUAUGUGUUUCCCAGGUGGGGGAACACAUAUCACUAGGGAUAUGUGUUUCCCAGGUGGGGGAACACAUAUCACUAGGGAUAUGUGUUUCCCAGGGGGGGAACACAUAUCACUAGGGAUAUGUGUUUCCCAGGUGGGGGAACACAUAUCACUAGGGAUAUGUGUUUCCCAGGUGGGGGAACACAUAUCACUAGGGAUAUGUGUUUCCCAGGUGGGUCCCAAAGGGAUAUUUGUUUCCCGGGUGGGACACAUAUCACUAGGGAUAUGUGUUUCCCAGGUAUCACUAGGGAUAUGUGUUUCCCAGGUGGGUCAACACAUAUCACUAGGGAUAUGUGUUUCCCAGGUGGGGGAACACAUAUCACUAGGGAUAUGUGUUUCCCAGUUUGGGGAACACAUAUCACUAGGGAUAUGUGUUUCCCAGGUGGGGGAACACAUACCACUAGAGAAACGUGUUUCCCAGGUGGGGGAACACUUAUCAGGAGGGAUAUGUGUUUCCCAGGUAAGAGAACACGUAUUACUAGGGAUGUGUUUUUUCCAGGUGAGAGAACACAUAUCACUAGAGAUAUGUGUUUCCCUGUUGGGGGAACACGUAUUACUAGGGAUACGUGUUUCCCAGGUAGGGGAACACAUAUCACUAGGGAUAUGUGUUUCCCAGGUAGGGGAACACACAUCCCUAGGGAUAUGUGUUUCCCUGUUGGGGGAACACAUAUCACUAGGGAUAUGUGUUUCCCAGGUUGGGGAAACACAUACCACUAGCGAUAUGUGUUUCCCCCGAAAGGGGAACACAUAUCACUAGAGAUACGUGUUUCCCAGGUGGGGGAACACUUAUCGGUAGGGAUAUGUGUUUCCCAGGUAAGAGAACACGUAUUACUAGGGAUGUGUUUUUUCCAGGUGAGAGAACACAUAUCACUAGAGAUAUGUGUUUCCCUGUUGGGGGAACACAUAUCACUAGGGAUACGUGUUUCCCAGGUAGUUGAACACAUAUCACUAGGGAUAUGUGUUUCCCAGGUAGGGAUAUCACUAGGGAUAUGUGUUUCCCUGUUGGGUGAACACAUAUCACUAGGGAUACGUGUUUCCCAGGUAGGGGAACACAUAUCACUAGGGAUAUUUGUUUCUUAGGUAGGGGAACACAUAUCACUAGGGAUAUUUGUUUCCCAGGUGGGGAAACACAUAUCACUAGGGAUAUCUGUUUCGCAAGUAGGGGAACACAUAUCAUUAGGGAUAUGUGUUUCCCAGGUGGAGGAGUGCAUAUCACUAGAGAUACGUGUUUCCCAGGUGGGGGAACACUUAUCACUAGGGAUAUGUGUUUCUCAGGUAGGGGUAACAGAUAUCACUAGGGAUAUGUGUUUUCCAGGUAGGAUAACACAUAUCACGAGGGAUAUGUGUUUUCCAGGUGGGGGAACACAUAUCACUAGGGAUAUGUGUUUCCCAGGUAGGGGAACACAUAUCACUAGGGAUAUGUGUUUCCCCUGUGGGGAACACUUAUUAUUAGGGAUAUGUGUUUGCCAGGUGGGGGAACACAUAUUACCAGGGAUAUGUGUUUCCCAAGUGAGAGAACACAUAUGACUAGGGAUACGUGUUUCCCAGGUGGGGGAACACAUAUUAUUGGAUACAUGUGUUUCCCAGGUGGGAAUUAAAUAAUUAAAGUAGCCGGUGAUACCGCUGGUUGCUGGCGCAUUUUGACAAGCCUGGAGGGGGAGAAUAUCAACCCUGAGAAACGGAAUAACAUCCCUGAAAAUGGAAGGUACCGCUUCCCUAAAGUCAACUUUAACACUUCUUGUUUAGUGCAAAAUUGUGACCUAUGGGAGGGGUAGGUGGUCAAUUACCGGUACCCAGAAAUCUUAAGUGAUGUGAUAAAUAAUGAGGUGACCUAGGGAGAGAAUAGCAACCUUGAAAAUAGGAGGUGCAGUAGGAGUAAGAGUGAGGAAAUGGCAGAGGUUUGGUUCAGCUGAAAAAGAUACAAUUUUGGGGGAAAAAAGUUGAGUAAAAUGCAGUAUUUUGAGACCUGUUGUCUUAAACUUUUAGAUAAAAAAUAUCCCCUUAUAAAAGAUCUGUAGUCUUAGAUAAUAAUAAAUUUGUCUUAUUUAAUGGUUUCAGGUACCGACCUAUCAAACUGUUUGAAAUAGCCAUCCCUCCUCCCAUGAUCUCUGUCAAAGAUAUGACAAGAGAUGCCAGCUUUUGGAUAAAUGAUUUGAGGGCCAUGGCAACAAGGUAAAACAUUCAUUUUUAGACUCAAUAGUAGGCUGUGAGCAAGGAGAGCUUGGAACUGCAUCUCUGGAAUUUGAAUAUCUGCACUGAAAAAGUCAAUGCGAAAUCUUGAUUGGUGGAGAUGACAUUAUCAAUGAUCUUUCACAUCUUUCAGUGUUUGUUUACAUUUGCACUCAUUUCCACUUCACGCUGACGAGCGGAAAUCUGACAGCUCAGUUGACCGGGAGCCACAGGGGAGUUACAGGUGGAAUUCAAAUUCCAGAGACAUGGUUGCAAGCUCUCCUUCCUUUCCAGAGUGGCCUGGAGAGCUUGCUUACAGGCUAACUGAAUAGUGUUUUAUUUGACCAAAGCAUUACCUUAUACAAUUGAGCUGUACAAAAAUUUAGACAGACAACUUUGUUUGUCUUUUGUCAGUAAAAUGUUAUGUUUGUCUGACUUUUGUCAUUUAAUGGCAAAAAUGGCAAAAAUCAGACAAACAUAGCUAUCAGUCACUUUGAUGUCAUUUGGGUGCUGUGCUAUUAGAGUGUAAAGUGAUGGUGAAUUCUUGAUUUUUUUUUUGUCAGAGGAGAAACAGUGUUUGCUGCAUUUUAUGACCGCCUGGAGUCCUUGAAGGAUUUUUCCAUCCAACCUGAUCACCAAGCAAGAAUGAAGCAGUUUUAUGUGGCCCUGAGAGUAAGAACUUAUUAUUCAGAUAUUUUGUUCUUUGGUGUUGUUAGUAUCAUUGAUAGAAACAUCAACAUAAUUAUGACGUAGCCUGCAUAACAAGUAUUAAAAAGGGGAAGGGGGUGUCUACUUAUGGCAGGUAUGAAAAGUGGAGAUCUAGUGACAGUGACGAGACAGAUUGUCAAUUUUAACAGGGCUCUGCUUUAAGGAAAUCUUGUGUGGAAAAUAAAAAAAUGACAGUCAGUUAUAUGAGCUCACUGCAUGUUUUCUGUUUAACAUUUUGUUAAAUCGCAAACGUUUUCAGAAUCUUUAUUGUUUUCUCUUCUUUCCUCGGAAGCUGAUAAUCUUUGUUGUAAUAAAAUUCCUCUUUGUUCUUAUUCAACAAUUUUAGGACGAACAUUCUCGGUUUUUAGAACAGUGUGAAAUUGUGGAAAAGAAAGCAAACAGUCUGCAAACUCCUCAAAACCCCUUGGCCAUGGAGACUGGGAACUCUUGUGAGCCCUUAGGUCCUGAUGAUAGACAGGCGUUGGAAUACGUGAUCGCAAACAGCUUGAACAGUCUUAAGAAAACUCUCUGCGAAGUUGUUGAGGGCUGGAAUAACAGGUGAUAUAGAUAUCUCUCAAAUAUGAAAAGCAACUGAUGUACAGUUGAAGCUCUAUGAAGUGGCAACCCUUCGGGAAAGGACAAGUGGCAACUCGAUAUAAGUUGGCCAUUCAACAAUAGCGUUUCUUUUCUGUUUACAAAGUGAUUAACUGGCUGGUAACAGAUGACGACUGUUUCAUAGAAAGCCACUUAAUGGAGAUUCAACUGCAUGCUCUCAGCUUGUUGUAUUUGAAUGGUACAUGUAAAAAGGCUCACCUGGUAGUCAUUCUUUAUGUAAUAUAUCAAGCAUGAAAUGCAGUGUUUCAUCACCAGGUGAAACCCCAAGUUGAGAGUUGAAAAUACAACGCGCAGUGGAGUAUUUUUGACGACGUUUGAGUUGUUUCAUCUUGUGAUGAAACACCGUUUCGAAUGCAUGAUAUUACUUCUCACACAAAACGAUUUAAGAAGGAGAAAUUAGGGAUGCAAAAAUGAGCAGUUUUGCAUCUUAUUUCCAAACACUCAUUUAACAUUAAUUUCCUUUGUAUUUUCUUUAUGAAUGAUUAAUUAGUUUGAGAAGACAAUAUACUUAACUUUUUUCUAACUCCCUGUACUCUAACUUGAUAACUGCCAUUUUAUAUUUUUCUCUGUAUAUGAAAACCUCUGAAUUAUUUGUAAAAGCCUACAGGAAUAUGUCCAAGCAGAAAAGAAGAAAAACAGCAAAGCUUCUUCUACCAAAGAAGGAAAGUUACUCUCUUCUUCUUCACUGCAACUUGAGGGAAAAUCCACGGAGUCUCUUAAUGUAUGUGGAUUUUUUGCUUUAUAGAAUUAAAUAAAUAAUUUUGUUUGGAGUUAAUUUAAUGGUGAAGAAUGAUUUUCUCUGUUUGAAAUGGUUUUUACAACUUCUUUUUAAAGCUUUAACAUGCAUAUUCCCUGCCCUGUCUUCCAAGCAGGUGAUGAGUAGAAUUGAUAUCAGUAGUAAUCAACUCAUCUUUUCUUUUGUUCUCACGUCCUUUUUUCUUGUCACAACUAAGUUAAAAAUUGUUUUUUUAAUACCAAAAUGUAGACUUUUGUUACCCUUUUGGAAGGCGUACCGGAAGAUGGCUUGGUUCUUUUAGAUAAAGGAGAGGAAAGAAAAAUGGCGAGGAAAAAAAAGCGAGCAAUGUUCUUUCCCUCCAUUUUUCAUAUCGCUCCCAUUUUGUGGCUGUAAUGUUUAGAUUAAUUUUCUCUUUUCGUUUUUGUUUUCAGCAGCAACUGAAUAAAUCCACAGACAUGGUAUUAGGGGCGGGUAUGAAUUCUACAGAAAAUCGGAGCCCGUCACUUACUCCCUGGGGAUCAAGGUCAGCAUCUCCUUACCCCACCCCUGACACAAAUGAACCUGCAGGUGAAGCAUUUAGCAGUUCAGACAUGGAAGUACUUCAAGUUACAAGCAGUUUUCGACCCAUUACACAUGUAGGGAUGAAUGUGGCGACACCCUCAGACUCCCCCACACAAGGAAUUCUGCCUGUGGGAGGAGUGGUCAGUGGCCAUUCCUUGCCAGGUCUUAAAAGUGACCAUUUUGCAAGGGUGAAACUUCAGAAGAAUGUUGGUGGCUCUUGUAAAGCCUUUGUUGUCUCUGGGCCUUGCGGUGAAGAAGUGCCAUUUGUGACUGAAAAAGAUAAAGAAUGUUCUGGGGUUACAGUGGAUGGUGAAAAGGAGCCUUAUGGGGCUGGGGUGGAUAUUGCAGUGGUGUCUGCUGGUGCUAAGGAAGGUGAUGCAAAGGGACCUCCUGAGGUAAAGAUGGAUGGCUCAAAGGAUCUUGCUUCCUUCCAUUUGGAUUGUGCAAAUGAACCUCCUGGGGUAAAGAUGGAUAGUGAGAAGGAUCCCCCUGGGGUAAAGAUGGAUGAUAAAAAGGAACCCCCUGAGGUAAGGUUGGAUGGUGCAGAGGAAACCACUGAUCAGGACAUUGUGAAGAAGAAGGAGGAGGAGAGGUCUUCUUGGUACGUCAUUGAAGGAGAAAAUCAAGAUUCUAGUAUUUUGGACGAUGUCAGAGACACAAAAGGCCAGCAGAGUGUAAGUCAGGAUCAUUUCUGCCCCUCGGCGGAAACAAAAUUAAAAGAAGCAGCUGUAAAAUCCCAGGAGGAUGCUCCCACUGUGGUAAAAGCGAAUGCCUUUUCACUUGGACAUCGAAGGGUUGGUUCAUCCCCUUCAAUGAUUGCAGUGUCACCAGCUGAGAGCAAUCUGUUGGUUGUGGUCAGUGAUGUGAGUGGUGGGGCCCACCUGCAACGAAGUAGAAGUGACCCUGAGUUAAGUGCUCAUGUAAAGCAACGUGAGACGCAGGUUUGUAAAAAAUAACUUCUUAAUAACAUACAGGUAGAAUGAUUUAGAAGAUAAAGACAAAGUAGUUGGCAAUAAAAAAGUACCUCAACAGACCAAAAGAAUGAGUGUGGAUAACUAUUAGCGUUUGAUACCUUUAACUAAUUGACAGCUAUAACUGCUUAAUACAGGUUAUCCAAAACCUAAGGACUAAGCUAUAACCACAUCACAAACUAGGAAAAACGAGUUCUUAAAGCAAACUGCCCUGAUUGUUAUCGAAACUUUUUCUACAAAUUUUCUAUUGGCAACUUGCCUUCCAGACUUGCCGUUUCGUUAUUGAUAACGUUUUUUACUCAACAGUAGUUAUUAGUGACAAACUGUUUCAUCUAUUAAGGCCCUGGUAUUGUAUGAGAUCUAGUCUUUUCAGGGAUUAGGGAUUGCAGCACAGUUGCUUAACUUACGCAGAUUAUCACAUCUCAUUCGUCUAAAAUUUAUGCUGGUAUGUGUUGCCAGAUGUUAAUGGAAACCACCUCUGAAAGUGUCGGUGAGGGCAGCGUUGAUUUAAGUAGCCAAAAAGAAACUGUAGCUGAUGCUGAUGAACUGGAUGGCGGCUCAAACGAAGAACCUGAGCUCAGGAAAGCGAAGACGCUGCCAUCGUUAUUUUCCAAGAGUGAGUCAGUGAUUGUUUGAUAUUACACUAGUUGAAAGAAUUUUUAGUUCAGAAAAGUAACGAUGGGUGGGAAAUCUGUGAAGGUAAAGUUCUACAUGCAGUGGUUGGUGCAUUGCACUUGAGAACUGAGGUUUAGCGGUUUAAGGGUUGGGCAUGCCACCAGGGUAUUUUGGGGAGUUUUAGGAACCAGUAUAGCGGUGUCGGCGAGAACGCCAGAAAAAAGUAGGAGUGAUAAGCAAAUCAAUUCCUCUGCUUGUGGGUUUUACCAUUUUCUACACAUCUUUGGCGUCCUCUUCAAUUACCCUUAAGGUACCAGCUCCAGUAAACGACACUUUUUGUGUUUCUGCUUAUGGGAUUGUCGCCACUAACUUGAUUUAGUGAUGUUUGUUCAUUUUCUUUUUUUGUACUACCUAUUACAUUAAUGGCAGAUGAUGUUUUACCAUGGCGCCAUCCUCAUACAUUAAUAUUUUACUUCAUCAGUCAAUUUAUUUCUUCGUCUUACCUUUUUAACUCUUGAUAAAGAAGCGCUGUUUUUAUUUGAUUUUUGCGUCUUUAAUACUCCUUUGUUACUUUACCAAAUUUAUCAUUGACGGUGCUAAUAUCUUAAUCUUUGUAUGCUCGCACUCUUUAAUGAUGUAGUAUGUAUCUAGGUCAUUAGGUUAACAAUUAAUCGAGUUUACUCUCUGGCGACUUGGGCAAGGACUGGAUAACAAUGGUUAAUGAUUAGUUGAUUAACAUAUAUACAGCGAUAUUACACAGCGCAUGAAUGGAAACAUUGCUAAAUAUAAAUCUAACGAGCUGAUGGAAUAACAGCAAACAGCCAGUGAAUUAAUGAUGAAGGAAAGUGAUUAAUAUGAUAACUAUCCUUUCCAAUUUAUCUUUUUCAUCUGACGUCUUCGUUCGUGCUCCAUUUGUUGAAUUUGUGGACUCAAUUCACCAAUUUGUUUUUAUCAACUUUUGCAUUUAAGGAGCGGUUUUGUUUCGCACCCGGUCUGUAGGGCCUCCACAGAAGACAAGUUCCGAAAAGAAGGGUACGGCUGGGGCAAAUUUAUUGAACUCCGGUCUCCAUUUGGAUUUUUGUUCAUUUAUUUAUUUACCAGCUUUUCUGGACACAGGCCUGCCCAGAGGGAAUGUGCACGAACGGAACUCGUAGGUCUCAUGCAAGGUGCCAUAUCCCUGCCCAAUCUCACAACCCGUAAAGGUUGGCCACACCGCCAGGGUCUACGACCCCUACUCUUUUCGAAUAGUGAUGUAGGUUCUUUUACCUCCCACUUACCUAUGGUUUUUCGUCCUUAUCCGAGAAGACUAGAAAGUCUAACCAUUUGCAGAUGUCAUUACAAAGGCAGCACUUUCUUCUCAGUUAUUUAAAGACCCUGAGUGUUGGUCCGGCCGGGGUUUGAACCCGCGACGUCCCGCUCGGCAGACCGGCGCUCUCCCAACUGAGCUAACCAGGCGGCGGUCAAAAGAUGAUGCUCGACACACUCUCGUUAGAUAUAUGAUAAAAGUCAAAUUUAUUCACAAGUCUGCUCUUUGAUGCUUUCUUCAGUAGUUUUGAUUUUCAGUGCCCCUUGACGUUUGUCAUGGGUUUUCAACAUUGUUUUUCAUAUUAACCUGUUUUUGAUCUGAAAAAAACCUUGUCUCUUGCUUGUGAAUGUAAAUUGUAAGUAGGUAACAAAACGUGAUUUCUGGAAUCUUAGGAUUUUUUAAUGAGCAUAUAUAUUGUUUAAAUACUUACGUUCUUAGGACUUCGUCACGCUUUCCUUCCCGAGGAUUGCGUGAUGAGCCAAAAGAACGUUUUCGUGGGAGGCUAUUUAAGUACUUGUGUCGAUAGAAUCUGCGUAUGUGUUGUACUUUUCCCAGCACAUCAGUUAUUAUGAAGGUAUUAAUACUCAUCUCGUGCUCAUAUGCAUCUAACUAGGGUGUAAGAAUCGUUUGUAAGGUAUUAGCAUGUUGUACUUACAAAAAUAGCUCCGUCAUUUCAGCUUUUAAUUUUUGUGUUUAUUUAUUCAUUUAUUUUUUUCUUUUUAGCUGUCUCUCGUUCCCAGUCCUGGGCAGUGAAUCAGUGGCAAACAACAGUGAAAAAAGGUAAAAACGAGUAAGAUCAACAAACUGUGUAUUUAAUUAGAAAUUUUGAGAAAUUCAACUUCUUUUUAUCCUGUUGUUUAUCUGUUUACUUUUAAAUUUCCACAGUUCUCACAGAUGCGGACUCAGAUGUGUUUGCAGAUGGUAAACUAAUUUUAAAAAGUUUUGAAACCGUCACUUGUCAAAUGCGAGGCUUAGCCUUGAAAAACCUUGACAAAACGUUGACGACAGAUUUUGGACAUACAUUAUAUUGCUCAUCAAUAGUCAUUAACAGCUUUACAGCUCAAAUAUUUAUGUGUCGUUUGAGAGCAUUAUAUUUUAUAACAGCAGACAGAUUGUGAAGUUCAAAUUUUGGUUAAUUCGUAUUAAACAUCGUAAGCAUAAACAUGAGCUCACGUGGAAAGGACAGCUUUAGGUUAAAUCUCUUCACGAUGGUAAAGUUACAUUAUCAACUGGAUUGAUAAAACUAAACUUUUUUGUUCCGCUACGUGUAAACCAGCCCCUUUAUCCGGGAAAGCUGAGAACUGAGUUGCUUGUUUCAUGUGAUGUUGAAUAUAAACUCGACCAUUCACCAUGUUUUUAAAUUUGUUUUUAAAGGUUCAACCAAUGUAAGCAAACGUGCUAAACUGAAGAGAAUGGUGCCUUCAUUUAUGUCCUCUCCUGCUUUCCAACCAGUUGCUUCAACAUUGUGAGUAGACGACGCCAUAACUGAUUCGUACUCAGGCCCCACAGUAACAACAAAAAAAUAGAAAAAGCAGAGGAAUGGACAGUGCAUCCUUCCCAGCAAACCACGCGCGGAGCGUACAGCUAUUUCGAAAAAGGUUGUCAGACAAAAUGGGCACUCGACAAUCCCGAAAGGCAAUAUGUGAUAUGAUCAAUACAUGGUUCCUGACACUGCAGCUGUGGAACCUUUAUUUAUUGCUUUCCUUUAGCACUCGCAGACGUACGUCCAUGGCCUCUGGUGCCAUUCUUUCAAAUUUCGUUGAAGCACAGUGAACUCAAAACCACCUACAAUACCUUUCGGGAUUGUCGCAGGCACUUUUUCAGAGAACCGUUCUCGAAAAAGCUUUAUGCAAAUCAAAUACCCGGCUGGUUAUUUCACUAGAAUACCCUCAUUCGCUUACUGCUACAUUUUGUUUUCCAUAGUUAUUCCAAUUACUAAAACACCAUUAUGUUUUUUUUUCAGUCCAAGCCAUGAACACCACCUCCUCCCCCCUGGGGAGAAAGUUCUGGUAGUGGUAAGCGAAAAGGAGACCAGUUCUAUAAUUGCUUACACACUAAGGUGAGUAGUUAACACAGGGGCGGUACUGAAAAAACAUUCGCUACUUAAGAAACGAGAAGGGGACUGGAACCGAAAUGUGCCCCGCAAUUGUUUCUGGGAUCGUUACUGGGGACGUGCUGGUCAGCUAUUGGCGAAUUUUUAUUUCCUGUCCCGCAAGUAACAGUCCCAGAAGUCAGUGCAAAAGUUACCUAGGCCCAGUUUCUUUUUCGGUUCUUUAUUGGCGAAUUAUACCCGGAUGUAAUGUUUCUUUCUGAAUUAAUUGACCCUGGGCCAAGUUGGAGCAGUUUAAUAUUGACGUUUUGUGAAGUUGCAUCAGAAGAGAGAGAAUAUCUGCCUACAAGAUUAAAUGUCUGUUACAUUUUGCCUUUGGCAGCACUACAGAAUAUAACGAACGACUCCACCAGAUUCAACGGACUCUGUCAGACAUCAAGAAUGAAGCGACUCGAGAACUGCAGAUGACUAAAAAGUAAGUAUGGUUUUUUGGGGGGGGGGGGGGGAAGGGUGUAGUAUAAUACAACGUUGCCACUCCCAAGGGUUCAGGGGUCACAGUGCGAAUCCUGGCGAUGACACCAGCAGCAGUAAGGUUAAAGGCGUCCAUAUUCGGCUUGAUUAUGAAGGAAAAUAUUUUUUUAAGUAUCCAAUAGUUGAAUUUGCCGUAAGAUAUGGUUUAAAGAUUAUUAAAGCCGUAAAAGAACUGAACCAAGUCUAAGUAAGAUUUUUUCGUAUGUUUUAAACUUUUUUUUUUUUAAGUUAAAGUGUCUGUUGAUCUUUCAAACAUAAGAAGGUCCGUCACAGUUCCGUAUCCGAAAUUUUUCAAGUUUGUUAUUUGUAAUCAAAUGUAUUAUCCUCUAACCAAAACCUUUCAUAAUCUUUUGUAGUUGAUUAUUACGCCAGACUUCAACACCCCGCAUUUUAAGUCCGUGCUGCUCGCGCACCCUUGAGAAAGCCAGUGUAGGCCUAACUUUCCUUUUCAAGAGCGUUUUGUUGUAGCUAACCAAAUGGCCUUAUUCUCUUCUCAGUGAAUUUGGUAAAUCCGUGGAGGUUUCUGUGAAUGGACGAACACAACCGGACGCUCCUUCUGACAAAUUUGUCCGAGUUAACUCCAAUCCCGAGUCAGGUGAAGGUAAAAGCAGUUGAUUAAACAAGAAUAAACAGGUUAAACCGGUUAGACAUAAAGGAACCGGCUAGACCGGUUACACAGAAAGUAGCAGGCUAAGUAGGGUAAACAACGGGGAGCUAGGUAGAAGUAUAGCAGCUGGUUAAACCAGAACAAACAGUCUAAACCGGUUAGACAUAAAGGAACAGGCUAAACAGGUUACAAAGGACGUGGCGGGCUAAGUUGGGUAAACAACAAGGAACUUGGAUUUUUCCAAAUAAAGGAACCUUAAGUUGCUGCCCGACUGUCUUGUGUGUAAAAUUUGAUUUCAUAAACAAACUCUCUUUUUCUGCAAUUAAACUUUCAGAUUAUGUACAUCUUGAUAUAGUCGAUCCCGAGACAGCUCACGAGGCGGGAAACGAUGGCGAAACCAUAAAUGUGAAGUCAUCCGAUAAUCUCGAGUUCAUGAACAACAGCGUAGAGAUUAAAUUAGAACCUGAUCAUUACAGCAAAGUGGAUAGAGUUAGAUUCUCUAAAGUUAAACAUGCUGCAGGUAAAGAUGAUACGAAGAAGACAGAAAAUAGCUUAACUCAAGAAAGUCAACUCCAGGAUGACAUCGGUGAGUGAUAUCUUUAUUAUUCUUGCGAUCGUUAACUCUAGAACUUACCCAGGUACGGAGUGCAAAUUGCUAUGAUACUGUUUACUGUACCUUACCUAUUAUAUCAAGGUAUCCGAACACCGAGAUUUCAAAUAAUAUUUCAAACACGAAAAGGAGUGUUUGAUCUGAUAUCCAAACUCCGAGAAGUAAUAUAUCAAACAUGAGAUGCAGUGUUUCAUCACCAGAUGAAACACCGAGAAGAGAGUUGAAAAUAGGACGCGCAGCGGAGUAUUUUUGACGAACUUCGAGGUGUUUCAUCUGGUGAUGAAACACUGUGUCGAAUGUUUGAUAUUUCUUCUCAAACAAAAUCAUUUUUGAAGGAGAAAUUAAGGAUGCAAAUACUAAGCAGUGUUUCAUCCGAUUUCCAAACACUCAUUAAACAUUAAUUUCCUUUGUAUUUUCUUAAUGAAUUAUUAAUGAGAUUGAGAAGUAACAUAUCAAACACUAGAAGGAGUGUUUCAAUCGAUAUCAAAACACCAAGAGCCAUUAUGGCUCUUGAAAGGACUGAUAUGCAACGUAUCAACACGAGAAAAGUUGUUUAAUCCGAUAUCCAACAUUAUAAGAAGUGGGUAUUUUAAUUUACCCUAAAGUGAAUGAUGGUUAAUCAGGAUUAGGGCUGCUGUUGGGGGUGGAUACGGUAUUUUAUUAAUUAAAUCACCUGGCUUCUGUACAACACAACCUGUUGCCCCUCUGCUUCACCUCUCGAGGCAAAUAAGGCCUUCUGUACAAUACAACAUGGUUAACCUCUUGAUAUUUUAUCAUGUAGAUCUUGUGCAGUUUGGUUUUCAAAGAAAAGAUGCCACCAAGACGCCAAUUGAAUUUCACUUCAAACAUCGUAAGAAUGGCAGUUUAAACUUUUUGCGUCUCUUUUCUCGUUAACCUUAUAAUUUCUUGUUUUAGGGUUUUUCCUGAUUCAAGUGUUAUUUGAUAGGUGAUUGUUUCUCUUACAUUCCAUUUGCCCUGGAUUUCCUGGGGAGGAAAGACUAUACGAUGAUUUGAACAAAGAGCAUUCCCUACAAUCUGUUAUAUCCUCUACCGUAUGAAAUACAUAUUUCUACUUGAUUGCAUGCGGAACCGUUCUUGCACUCACCCAGACACAUUAUGCCACAGAAUCCCAAACCCAUUCUCCUCUGAUUCUUGUUUUUAUUUGUGUGUUUUUGUUUUCCUUUAGAGUUUGCAGAUAGCACCUGCCGUUUCUUCUGCAGUAUUUACUUUGCUGAGCAAUUUAGGCUGCUAAGGAAAAGAAUCUUCGCUGACGGAGAGGAGAAGUAUGAUCUACAUUUCGUGAUAUAUUACAUGAGCAGGUCGUAUGGAGCUAGAAAACUGCUGUACUCGCUUUCCAAGGCCGGGAGGGGGGUGGGGCAGGGGGUAUACUCCGGAAGAUUUUUAGUAGGGGUGUGUUAUGCCGUCACGCAGUUUGAGUGGGCCUACAGCAGUGCACCCGUGCGCGUUUUGUUUCGCUGCACGGUAUUUUUCCCUAUCGAGUAUUCAAAACCUGAUCAAUACGUACGGUGAGCAACAACAAUUCGCCAAUUUACAAACGAGAAGGGGACGGAAACCUAAAUGUGUCCCGCAAUUGUUUCUGGAAUCGCGAGUUAAUUGACCAAUCAGGUCAAUAACCAGAGUUUAAUACCAUCAACUGAUGUGAUACAACUCACUAUGACUCUGAAGACGACUACCGCAGAGGUUGUCGAAACGUCAGUCAACUCCUCGGUUCAAACCUUUCACAGUACCAGAAGUCUUUAUGAAAGUUAGUUCGGCCCAGUUUCCGUCCGUCUCUCUAAGACGGACCCCUUUGGAACUGGCACUCAGUGUCCAUCAUAGAGAGAUGAUAGAGAGUCAAAUAAAGGGACUAGGAAAAGCAGGGGCCAACUUUAGGUAUCCGCUUUACAGAGGUGUCCGUCUUAUAGAGGUGUCGGUGAAGAGAGGGUCAAUUGUAUACCCAAACUUUUGUGAUGUUUCAGAUACAUUCGCUCGCUUCAACACUCAGUAGCGUGGGGGGCUCGUGGAGGAAAGUCAGGAUCUGCUUUCUUCAAAUCAUUUGGUGAGUACGGUUUGAAGUCUCCAUUAAGCAAUUCUACAGUGUUAUGCGGUCAAAGUAAUCGAUGGUGUAACAGCUCCUUCUACGAACAAUUAAGACGCUGGGAGCACGUACCCUUGUCAAACUUUUUUUGUGUAUAACUGAGGUUGCAAGUUGCAUAAUCAAAACGAGAGCCAUGACAGCAAAGUAAACUAACACCAUAUCUCAUUGAAACUUUUAUGAUGUGGUUUUGCACUGAAUGUUCAGGUUGCCAAGACCUGUUGUCUUUGUAAACUGUUUUUUCAUCGUCUGUGUUUACUGUAAUUCAUUUACAGAUGACCGUUUUGUUAUGAAGCAGAUGUCGAAACAGGAGUUACAGUGUUUUCUGGAGUUUGCUCCUCAUUACUUCCGCUAUGUCAAUAAAGCGCUUGAUGAGCAGGUGUGUGAUCACGUGACCGGAUGUCCUUACAAAUGCCAAGCCCAUACCUGAAAUACCUACCCACUCACACCCCAACCCAUUCGUUUUAAUUUGCAACCUUUUGCUCCGAAAGUCUCUCUUCGUAGGAAGGAAAAAUCUUCAAGUCUCCUGUCAAAUUUUUUAGAGGUCAUGGGGAUUUUUCUGGAAAAGCGACAUGGCCUCAUGCCCAAUCUAAUGGAAAUGUUGCUCAAAAACCUUUUUGCAAACAUUUGAACUUUACCAUUUAACUUUUUCACAAGAACUAGAAGGGAAGGAAUGAAUAGGAUCAAAUAUGAGGGAUCCCAGCACCAAAGACGGGAUGUGUAUAGUGGGGGAUCCAGGGGAGGGGCCUGGGGGCUGCCCCCCCCUUAUUUUUUGACCACACUAAGGCCCGAAGGGUGGAAAAAGUUUUUUUUUUUGAGACCGGGUCCCCCCUCUUUAUCUCAGGGUCUGGAUGACCGGGCUACCCCGUUAUCUGAAGGUGUGGAUCGUCCACUGGUGUAGGGGUUAUCAAACCGUUGUCCCAAAGAAGUUCCUGAGACGUCUUAGUACCAAAGUCGGUGAUGUUCAGGGUUUUUAAAAACAAACCAUUGUCCCCGGCGUAGAGGGCUUCCAAAACGAUUACUGUACUUUCUUACCUUCUGUUAUAAUGUUCUGAUUUGCCGUCUUUUUAUUGUUUUGUCACUAGCGACCGACAUUGUUAGCAAAGAUCUUGGGUAUUUACAGAAUCGGUUUCAAGAACCCACAGUCGAGCCUGAGACAAGAUGUGCUUGUCAUGGAAAACUUGUUUUAUGAUCGCAAAAUUGACAAGGUAAAAUCUUGGGUACCCUUUGCAGGACAAAAGAAGCUAUGUAUGGAUGCAGAAACUCAUAAGGGGUUGAAAACCCCUUAUGAGUUUCUGAUGGAUGUUAAUGGGCGGUCGGCUUAGAGCUCUUAGUAUAAUAAUUGUUAACUUAACUGUCUUUGCCUUAACUGUCUUUUGUUGUUUGCAUAGAAGAUCGUUUGACCCCUCUCCCUGACUUUCGAUGUUACAAAAAUUUAAUCAGGGGAAACUACUCUAUUCCUGAGGUAGUUCGGUUUGGGUAGGCUUUAAAUCGGCCACAUUUACAUCGGUUGAUACACUAUAUAUUACUUCAUCGCUCCCAAAUUGGCUUUGUGCCCGGACAUCGUGCGUCCGAACAUAUCUUUAGUUUAAGAACAUUAAUAGACCAACAUGUUACCCACUCCCCCAGAGGUAAACUUUAUACUUGUUUUGUUGAUUUUAAAAAGGCAUUUGACUCAAUUUGGCACCAAGGUUUACUAUACAAACUGUUGAAAUAUAACAUAGGUGGCUCCUUUUACAAAAUAAUUUCCAGCAUGUAUUCAAAUUCAAUAUGUUGUGUGAAAGACAAUUAUACUCGAUCAGAAUUUUUCAACUAUGAUAAAGGUGUACGACAAGGCUGUAUUCUGUCGCCGCUUCUAUUUAACCUUUAUCUAAACGAACUACCCCUCAUUCUAAAUAACAAUGCUAAAGAUUCUAUCUUACUACCAGAUGGUUCUCACUUCAACUGUCUACUUUAUGCCGAUGACUUACUUCUAAUAUAUACCUCGGCAGAAGGUUUGCAACAAAGUCUUGACAGACUAUCAAAAUAUUGUCAGGAUUGGCUUCUUAAGAUUAAUCCAACUAAAACCAAAGUUAUUGUAUUUCAAAAGAAAAGUAGAAAAUCAGCAAUAGAUAAACACAAUUUUAUGGUUAACAAUGAAAACAUUGAAAUCGUCAAUAACUAUACCUAUCUUGGAGUGAAAUUUUCAGCCAAUGGAAAUUUUACAAAUCACAAGGAAAACUUAACAGAAAAAACAAAGAGAUCCUUUUUUGCCGCUCGUCGUUAUCUAGAUUUUCUAAAAUUACCAAUUCACAUCAUCAACAAACUGUUCAAUACACUAUUUUUCCCAAUUUUAACGUAUUGCUCUGAAGUUUGGGGAAUCUAUGAUAAAAGUGAUCAUAGCCGCUGGGAUAAAGACUUGAUUGAGAAAACGCAUAUACAUUUUUGUAAGAUGUGUUUAGGUUUAAACAAACGUUCACCGAAUGUUGCAUCGAGAAAUGAGCUUGGUAGAUUAUCUCUAAAUUUACAAAUAACAAUGAACAUUUUCAAAUUUUGGAUUCACCUUGAAAAUCAACCCCCUGACAGCAUCGCUAAACUCUGCUUAAACAUAUCGGAUAAAAUGGCCGAAGAAAAUAAAUCAGGUCUAAUAAAUGAAAUAAAUCUUUUGAGUACACAACUUAAUAUUCACAAACAGUCAGUUAACUUUAAAAACCCUUCUACUUUCCUAUCCAAAGCUGAGAAUACUUUGUCAAAACAUCUGAAAAACCACCAGCUAAAUUUGAUCAGAACAAAUAAAAAACUAAAAUUCUACUCCAUCUUUAAAAAUGAAACAAAUCACUCUGAAUUCAUCAAUCAUAUCCGAAAUCCUGAACAUAGGCGUGUAGCUUCCAAAUUUAGGAUAGGAAAUCAUAAUUUAAAAAUAGAAACUGGAAGAUUUACAAUCCCCAAAACUCCUGAAGACCUUAGAAUCUGUGAUCAUUGCAGCCAAAAUUCGGUUGAAAAUGAACUGCACAUAUUAUUUCACUGUGAUCAAUACAAUGAUUUGAGAAAGACUCUUUUUAUUAAAAUCAACGACCGAAAUACAUUAUUUACACACUACAAUAUCCAUGAUAAAGUCUGUUUUCUUUUUAACAAUACUGAUUCACAUAUCAGCAGGCUAGCUGCUAAUUUCAUCUUUCAAGCAUUUGAAAGACGAAAGAAACAUAGUUAACUCUACUAUUCCAUCAUACCUGUAUUUCCUUAAACUUAGCUGUUUAUUAUUGUUAUUUUAAUCGGUAACACCUGUACAAAAUGGUAAUACUGAAUAAACUUGUUGUUGUUGUUGUUAUAUUUCCUCAUUUUCUUCUAACUUUUGUGCUUUCUUUUCAGACUUUUGAUUUAAAAGGAUCCAUGCGUAGCCGUUACGUUCAGACUUCAGAGAUGAAAAAUGAUGUUCUUCUAGACGAAAACCUGCUUGAAAGUAAGUAACGCAAUAUCUAGCCUCUUACGCAGACUUUCUUAAAUCUUCGUCACGCGUUCUUCCCCCACGUGUUUCUGGGAAGGAAUGCGUGACAAAGCACGAAAAACGCCUGCGCAGAAGGCUUCGCUGUCUCAGAUCGGGUGGCUGGUCUGAACACCUGUCAUUCUGAAGACCUUUAAAUUCAGGGGCACUCUCCGUUCAACAAAAAUUCCGCUUAUGAAAAUUCGUUAAUUUGACGAGCCCGAUGGAACGGUACAUUCCGUUGCACAGACCCGACCCAAGCCACCCGCGCGUUUGGUUAUUGUAAUUGUCAGCAGGACUCAGAGGAGCGGUACUGUGGACAACAAUUUUGUCAAAUGGAAAGGGACAUUUCGGUACGAUCGACAGAAAUGACCUGGCCUGUCUCAAUGGAGACCACCUUCAAAGGUGGUCCCAAAUAUUGCGGUUGGACCGAACCGAAAUGGUCCGUUCCAUAUUUUGAUUUCUAACUGAAAUGUUCGGAAUUUGGGGCUGAAUGGAAAGCUCCCCCGAUUUAAACUAACUAUUGUUGUUCGAAACAAGUUUCGUUCCUGGGGUUCUUUGAGGAAAGAGACCCUGGCAAGGAGUUUGUUGAGUUCUUUGUUUGAAGUUUGUGUUUCUUCAUCUUUAGUGAUCCGUGAGAGCCCGAUAUUUUUCCGGCCACACUCAAAAGCAAUUCUUUCACGCGCCAUUCAUAAUGACACUGAGUUCCUGGCCCAGCAGAUGGUCAUGGAUUACUCCCUCUUAGUUGGAAUAGACGAAGCCCGAUCAGAACUCAUUAUUGGAAUUAUUGGUGAGUCUGAACGAACAAAUUGAUUAUUAUCCUCUUAAAAGCCCUCUCAGUUUUCAUUGUAACACUGUUAAUCACGAUUUCCAAACGCAUACUGGGAUGUUAAAAAUGUUAAAUAAAGUCAUCGUUAUUAUCAUUGCUGGUUUAAUUUAUUAAAUAUUAAUUAAUUUAUUUAUUUACAAUAUUGCAAAUAUCACAAUCUAUUAAUGAACGGAUUAUUUCAAAGUAGACCAUAGUCGUGUGCCAAGUGCCCUGGCCUUUGAAUAGAAGCGAGGCUGGAGGUUACCUUGUUUUAUUACAAACCUUCCUGUAUAAAACUUGUAAACUAUUAUGUUUAUAGGCUUGUUAGCAUGCAAAUUACAUGAUCAGGAAAGUUUAUAACAAAACAAGGUCACCUCUAGCCUUGCUUCUAUUCAAAGACCAAGCUUUUCAGUAAGGGUGUUCUGGUGUAACUGCCCAUCAUCUGAUGUUUUUUAUGUUUUCGUUUUUGCAGAUUUUAUUCGAACGUUCACGUGGGAUAAGAAAUUGGAAAUGUAUGUAAAGGCCAGUGGGAUUCUGGGAGGGCAAGGAAGGAUGCCCACUGUGGUGUCACCUGAGCUGUACAGGACACGAUUCACUGAGGCCAUGAAGAGAUACUUUCUUAUGGUCCCUGAUAAAUGGACCGGUCUUGGAAGUGAUCUCGAUUAAAGAGCCUGCUUAGCUUCAGACCCAUACACGAUUCAACGUCGCGCGUGGCACCGAGUCAGAAUUGAAUCGGAACGCUUUUUCACAUCUGCACUUCAACAGGUCCUCAAAACCCUUAACCCUAAUAUCAGGAUAGGCGUCAUCGUUACUGUUCAACAUGUAUGCUUUCAAUUUGUCCAAGAAGGCAAUACUAGUGUACCCUCUGAGGAUCACCCAUGCGACAGAUGUUGAACCGUUUUUACUUGGUGCUCACAUCUUUUCUUCUCAUAACCUUUACGUCUGCCCAAGUUUUGUUAUCUUAAGGAGAAAUUAGAUGCUGGUCAGUCUUACCUGCAUGUGUCUUAACCGUCAUUCUGUAAAUAUCCAACGUGGAUUAGAGACCCAUACGAGAAUAUCUUUCAAUUGUUUUUAGUUGAUAAAGUUUUUUGUAAAUACCUUUAAAAUCAUGCUUGGUAUCAUCAAGAUUUCAUUCACAAACACAGACGUUCGAACUCGAAAACUUCUUAUCCACACACUUUGACGUAAACAUCACUUUGUAUAUCGUAGUGUACACUCACCGGAGUGUCAUAAGAAAGGAUUAUUCCGUAGUAUUCAUUGAAAUUGAAGUUAGUCACUCAUCAGUAAUGAAUUUUUGAUGAUAAAUAGAAUUUUUGAAUUGACAGAGAAUAUAUUUUUACUAAAACACACAAUUGAAAGGCUCUCUCAGCAAACUUCUUAUGAUAAUACGAUACUUUACCAUAAGAAGAAAAACCUGGGAAAGUUUAUUUUUUUCCAAGACAAACAAUAAGUUUUUUAAGCGAUAAAUUCAAAAGAAAAGUUAAAAUAGAGAUAAAUAAUACGUUAGAGAAAUAUUGGGAAAUUAAAGAUGCAGAUAAUAGCUUAAGAAAUUAUUUAUUUGAGAUUACGUUGCCCAUAGUGGUUGUUCGAGUGAUAGCAACUGUAAAGAACAUAAGAUUUGCAACAGUUUAUGGAACCAGGGAUAGAAAAAAAUCUACUCAAGGGAAGCUUUGUCUUAGUUUCAAUUUCUGGAGCAAAUGUUUUGUGCAGUUCGUAAAAAAUAGCGAUAUAAAUGACAUUGAAUUUUGUUAAAUCCAGUGUCCAGAAUCAAAUUUUAUGGAGUGUUUGAUUUUAUACUUGUAAAAAUUUAAAAAAAUCUCCUGGAUGAAAAAGUAAUCCAUGGUCACGUGAGUUGCUAGUGCAACUAUACUGCAAGCAGUAAUUCAUCAAGCAGAAGUUAAAUAAAUAUAACUCUAUUUAUUGCAUUUGAUUG